AGCUAUUUCUCCAUUCAGAAUUCGUCUUCCAUUCAUUCGUACGCUGGCUACUGAGCGAAAGCGAUCGCUCAGGAAUACGGAACGGAUCCGAGACCUUUUUUCGGGAGUGACCGCGGACUUUUGUCGGAGGGCGGAAUACCACUUAGCACUGGAGUGAGACUCCCAGGAAUUAGUGUUUCAAAAGCCAUCCAAAAAGUCAUUAGAAAGGUGUGAGAGUGCAUACAGAACGCCGUGGAAAACGGAUUUGUGGGUGUGGGUUGUGGUGUGCGGUGAUUAAAAUUCUGAAGGAUUACAAAACCCCGGAAGGAACUGAACCAAGGACGGCACUAGCAUCGAUUUUCCGCUAAAUUGACCUGGCGUUGGCAAACAACACUCGAAGAAAAAGAGCAUCCCCUUGUUCAGCAGUCAUCUAGGCGAAAAGCAGUGGCAGUGGCGCUGAGCGUGUUACAUAAUUCUAGGGGUUGUCACCUUCUUGCGAGAGUGAAUAAAGGAAAAGAGGAGGAUCCGUUUCGCGUGUAGGUGGUUCCCCCGUAAUUCGGGAGGUGGCAAAUCGUCAAUGGAAAAGCAGUGUGUAUUAUAAGCUGUCAUUGAGCAUCUUGAUGAGGGUAUUCAUCGACUUCGCCAGUGACGCACUGAUCGUAAGCACCGUCUUUCACAAGCACCUUACAGCAGCCUUUGAGCACGCCUUUGCACACUGUUGACCGCACAAUACACUAUUGUUUGCACUUUCGCACAAGAAUUCUCACCCAAAUGCCAUGCGAUAUCAAUGACUGUGAUUGCGGACAAUAAGCACCAUCACUAGCGCACCAGCACCGUUAGCACCAUCCUCCCCACGAAGGAGACCGUCCUUACCAGCCGUGUGUCGAUUAGAGUACAGCUGCACGUUCGAUUUCUUCGUUCUGUCUUGUGUUUCCCUGCAAGAUUUUGGUGCACGCGUGCAACCCGUAGAUUGAAAGAGGUAGAAGUGUGAAACAGCGACAAACACCCACAGACAAACAGACAGACUUCGAGGAGUUGCUCAAUCGAAUAACAUGGCCAAUACGGCGCAUCUUUUUCGCAGACAGAGCUCGCGGGAUUUGAUUCAGCAGGCCACGGUUCGCAGCUUGGAUGAGCUCGAGUUGAGGGAACUCCGAAGUCGUCUGGUUCGAGCUGAGAAUGGCAAUCGCAAUGUCGUGUACGGAGCAACCAAUCAGGCGUUCAUCUCUGACGAUGAUCCGCCGAUGGGGAGGAUCCUGGAUUUGGGUCCUAGUUCGGCACCGCCUACUACUCGAGUGCCACCAGGGAAGCUUCCGUCGCAGACUUCCGUUAUCGAUACCGUUGUGGAGGAAGCAGUUGUGCCGGAACGGCCGGAGGACGAACGCGAAAGCUGGGAUAGCAAGUGGACCUUCUUGUUGGCCACGAUCGGGUAUGCCGUCGGAUUGGGUAAUGUUUGGCGAUUUCCCUACCUAGCGCAGAAGAAUGGGGGAGGAGCCUUCCUGGUUCCGUACUUUGUGAUGUUAUUGCUUCAGGGAAUUCCGAUAUUCUAUCUUGAGUUGGCGAUCGGUCAACGGUUGCGGAAGGGUGCGAUCGGCGUUUGGCACGAGGUGUCAGCGUACUUGGGAGGGAUCGGGAUAUCGUCCGCCUUCGUCAGCUACAUAGUGGCGUUAUACUACAAUACAAUUAUAGCGUGGUGCUUGAUCUACCUACUGCAUAGCUUCGAGUCUCCGCUGCCGUGGGCAGAAUGUCCCAAGAGACUGUACAAAAACUUCACCUACGACAUUGAACCGGAGUGUGUCGUAUCGUCGCCGACUAAGUACUACUGGUACCGGGAGACGUUGAGGGCUUCGCCUAGCGUCGACGAACCGGAAGCGAUCAACUACAAUGUCGCGAUAGCGUUGAUCACCGCAUGGUUCUUGGUGUACAUGUGUAUGGUCCAAGGGAUCACCGAGUCGAGCAAGAUCGUUUACGUGACGGCCAUCUUCCCGUACGUUGUGCUGAUCAUUUUCUUCUUCCGCGGGAUCACUUUGAAGGGAGCUGCGGAUGGCGUCAUGCACCUGUUCACGCCUCGCUGGGAGUCGAUCUUGGAACCGGUGGUGUGGCUUGAGGCCGGCACACAGAUCUUCUUUUCCCUAGGUCUAGCAUUCGGCGGACUGAUCGCGUUCAGCUCGUACAAUCCUGCAAACAACAACUGCUACCGGGAUGCGCUGGUGGUGUCCUUCACCAAUUGCAGCACUUCGAUGUUCGCAGGAGUCGUCGUAUUCUCCGUGAUCGGUUUCAAGGCUACUUCGAUAUUCGAUUCGUGCGUGAGCGAACGCGAUGCGCUGAUAGCCGCGAACAAAACGACGGAUCUGCCGGUUUGCGAUUUGCAGAAGGAGCUCGAAAACAGUGCAUCCGGUACGGGACUGGCAUUCAUAAUCUUCACGGAAGCGAUCAACCAGUUUCCGGCGGCACAGUUCUGGGCGGUACUGUUCUUCAUGAUGCUGUUCACGCUGGGAAUCGACUCGCAGUUUGGUACACUGGAAGGCGUCACCACAUCGCUGGUAGACAUGAAGCUGUUUCCCAACCUUCCGAAAGAGGUUAUCACUGGGGCUCUCUGCCUAUCGUGCAGCGUUCUGUCCAUGUGCUUCGCAAACGGCGCAGGCAGCUACAUCUUCCAGCUGAUGGACAGCUUCGCAGGAAACUACACACUGCUGAUCAUCGCCUUCUUCGAGUGCAUUGGCGUCAGCUACAUCUAUGGAAUCAAGAGGUUCGCCGACGACAUCGAGCUGAUGACGGGAUCCCGCCCGAACCUGUACUGGAUGCUCUGCUGGAAGUACAUCUCGCCGAUCGCCAUGAUGACCAUUUUGGUAGCGUCCUUCAUCGAGCUGGCGUCCGAGGGCAGCAGCUACCCCGGAUGGAACGCCCUCACUGGCAACACCGACAAACUGGAGUGGCCACACUGGUGUAUCGUGGUGGCCAUACUGUUGGUUGGUGUAUCGAUCAUUUGGAUUCCCGGAGUGGCGAUUUGUCGGUUAUGUGGCAUCAACGUGAUUGAGGAUUCGGAACCGGCGUGGUUCCCGACGGCCGAGCUACGGGACGUGCACGGAAUCGUGCCGCACGAGCCGACAGACAUCGAAAUAUCGUUGUUCUGCAUACGACCGGACGGAGCGGAAGGUUUGUGCUGCCCAACGUAUGGACCGCGGGAGCAACCGUUGGAUGAGGAAGAGGAGUAAACUCAGAGAGGGAAGCGGGUGACGAGAUGGGAGAAUAGCCUACCUAGAAGACAAUAAGCGUUGUCCGAUUCUUGGGUCAAGCUGUAACAAGGUGUUACAAGGUGGAUAAUGUGGCAGCGAAGACGUGACAAUAGUUAGUUAGAAGGACAAUUAGACUAGUCUAGCGUGUGGUUGAAGGAAUUAUCAGCUAACAUAUUCAAAUUAUACAUUUUAAGGUUGAGGGACGAACCGGGUGAGCAUAUGUGCUACAUUUGAUCGGAUUAACCAAAUGAAACAAUAUUUUGAAACGUUAUUAAGCUAACUCGAGACAUACAAACAGCAAUCCAUGUUUAUUUAUAUAGAUU